UACUGCAACACGAGGGCUGUCCGGGCGGGCUGCAAGUUUGCGCUGUCGUUAGACUUAUUUCGUUGUCUUUUUUAGAAUGGCAAACGGAUCCAACGAAAAUACAUAUCUAAUUAAAGACAUGAAACCAGGAUUGAAAAAUAUUAACUUAGUUUUCAUCGUCCUGGAGACUGGUCGAGUAUCUAAGACGAAGGAUGGACACGAAAUCCGCUCAUGUAAAGUGGCAGACCGGACCGGAAGUAUCACCAUAUCAGUGUGGGACGAAGUUGGCAGCCUCAUCCAAACGGGAGAUAUAAUCCGACUUAACCGAGGAUAUGCAUCUCUCUUCAAGGGAUGUCUUACACUAUAUAUUGGGAGGACCGGGGACCUCCAAAAGACCGGAGAGUUCUGUAUGGUCUUCUCAGAGGUUCCCAAUUUUAGUGAGCCCAACCAAGAAGUGCUGGCUAAAAUCAACCAAUUAAACCACACGCAUGUGAAAUCAGAAGCUCAGGGCAGCACACUUAAUAUUCAGAAUUCUGGAACACCUGCUGGACCUUCAGCGAACAGCUCCGCUGUGUUUUUCCCAUCUCCAGCUUCACAAGAGAGCUCUUUUAGUGGUGGUGGGCGACGUUUGAACCGUUCACAUUGGAAAGGUGGUUCCCAAUUUCCAGGUGGGCUUAAACCCACCAUCACAAAUGGACGGGACCCUCGCCGGGCACUGAAAAGAUGAGAUCAUCAGAGGUCACGCUGCAUGAAAAUAGUAGUUUUGUUUUGUUUUGUUUUCAGUAGUUUUCUGUUAUUUGCGACUGUAUUGUUUUUUUCAGGGUUGGUGUUAUUUGUUCUUAUUUUUAAUCAUUUAACACGUUUUUUUUGAAUGAGAGAUGUUGCACAAGGACAUUAAACAUAUUGAAAUAAAGUCUGAGAAUAUCAUAAUGUCAUGCUCGUCAUAUCUGUGCUUUCGAUGUUUGUUUUCUGUAGUACUUGUGAGAUUGCGUUGCUAUCGUUCAAGAAUGGUACGUUUUCUGAAAAUUCUGAAAAAAAGUAGGCCUAUGUAUUUUUUAUUUUUGAGAGUCUGGAGUUUUGUAAUGGAAGCUGGUUACUUGUGGGUUAAGUGUGAAUUCAUUUUCUUUCAUCAUCUUUUGGGAACAAGUGUGAGAUUUCAGAGAAGCGCCUGUGAGAAAACAGCGACACCUACUGU